AUGGAUGAGGGUGCAUAUCCUACCUACCAAGGCAGAGAGAGCACUUACGCUGCUUACACAAACCGUACGUGCGCAUGGAACCGUUGCAUAGGUAAAUUGAAAAAGGGGAGGAGGAGAGGGGAAAGGGGAAGAGGGGAAGGGGGGGAGAGGGGAAGAGGGAAAGAGGGGAAGAGGGAAAGAGGGAAAGAGGGGAAGAGGGGAAGAGGGGAAGAGGGAAAGAGGGAAAGAGGGGAAGAGGGGAAGAGGGGAAGAGGGGAAGAGGGGAAGAGAGAAAGAGGGGAAGAGGGGAAGAGGGGAAGAGGGGAAGAGGGGAAGAGGGAAAGAGGGAAAGAGGGGAAGAGGGGAAGAGGGGAAGAGGGGAAGAGAGAAAGAGGGGAAGAGGGGAAGAGGGGAAGAGGGGAAGAGGGGAAGAGGGGAAGAGGGGAAGAGGGGAAGAGGGGAAGAGGGGAAGAGGGGAAGAGGGGAAGAGGGGAAGAGGGGAAGAGGGGAAGAGGGGAAGAGGGGAAGAGGGGAAGAGGGGAAGAGGGGAAGAGGGGAAGAGGGGAAGAGGGGAAGAGGGGAAGAGGGGAAGAGGGGAAGAGGGGAAGAGGGGAAGAGGGGAAGAGGGGAAGAGGGGAAGAGGGGAAGAGGGGAAGAGGGGAAGAGGGGAAGAGGGGAAGAGGGGAAGAGGGGAAGAGGGGAAGAGGGGAAGAGGGGAGACGGUGUUAG